AUGACUUCUGCUAAGGCUUUUUAUUUUCGCCUGCUGCGAGUGUCUAUGAUCCAGCUCCUUAAAGCCCAUGGUUUUGAUAGGGCUAAACCUUCUACAGUUGAUACCUUCACUGACCUGUAUAUUCGAUUCCUCUCGUUGCUACUACAAGAACUGCGAAUGUUAGCAGCUGCAAGAAUGGCAAUGGAUGGAACGAUAUAUAUUCAAGAUUUAUCUUUGGCCCUUCAGAAUGUUGGACUUAUUAAACCGAUGGAUUUACUUGACGUUUACGAUGAAAACUCAGAACUACCUGGAGAUGUUGGGCUACAGAAGCUUAAAGACUGGUGCGAGAACAGCCCGUCUGCGGUUGAUGCGAGAUUAGUAGCCACUCCUGUGCCAGAGCUUUUAAAUGCUAAGGAAGGUGCAAAUGGAAAGUUACCUAAUAAACCGUUAUCGUUAAUUCCAGAAUAUAUUAAUCAACUCAAUAAUGGGAAAAAAAACAAUCAUGUAAACAAUGAAGAGAGUGAAUUGGUUGGUGCUAUGAUAAAUAAUGGUGAUAUGGAUGAUUGGGUUAAGUUUAUGGUUACUAGACAAAAGGUUAACGCAUCGAGAGAAAUAUCGGGCAAGUUGCCGAUAGAUUUAGAAAGUCUCCCAGCUAUCCCGGGGUAUAGAUGGUCCAUAUUAAGCAAUUCUCAGCUGAAAAACAAUGAAGAACAUAUUCCUUUAGCGGUUUCCGAUGGUCAGGACGUUGAAGCGGCAACCAAUGUGGACGUAUUAUUAUCUAAGUUGCCGAUAUUGAGAAAAGAAGAUAGACUAGAUAGUAUAACACUUUCUUUUGAAGAAGAAAGUAUUGCUAUCGAUAACUCACUAGACAAUGAGCUGAUAGAAGACGAACCGGCGUCAGAAUAUUGCUCUCAGCAAUAUGACUAUAAAGAGUUGGAUGAGUUUGAACAUAAUUCUGGUACUGGUGAAUUGAAGUUGAGUCACGAAGUCGAUUCAGAAUUCCAGGAUCUUGAGGAUGUGCAAAAUACUUUUGAGCGCCGGGACUCAUUAGUUUACGGUAGUAAUUCUUUCGAAUACAAUGGUUCGUAA